AUGUCUGACAGUGAAGACACCUCCUCAAAUGAUUAUAACUCAUCUAGUGAAGAAGAAUCCAGUUCUGAGGAUGAAAUUGUGCUUCAUAAACCUAUCUUCUUAAAACGUAAAGGAAAGGAUCUUGAUUUGAAUGAUUCUGAAAGGGAAGCAAAAUUACUUAAACCAGGAAAUCCCAAUGAUUCAGAACCAGAUCAAUUAUUAAAGAGGAUUGAUUUUGAAAAUAAUCAAGCUAAUAAAAGAGAAGAAAUGGCAUCACAAAUAACUAAUGAUUAUACUACUGAUAAGGAUUUACUUCGUCGAACAAUCCUGUUAGAUGAUGAUGAUACAAUUGAUCCAGAAUAUGAAAAACAGGAAUGGUUGAAAAGAAAGAAAAAUAGAGAGAAAUAUCAAAGAGAUAAACUUGUGGCCAAACAAUUAGAAUUUGAAACUAAAGAGGCAAACAAAUUAAAGUCGAAGGAAAUAAGUAACAAAGAUUUAACAUCUCAAAAUACAAACUUUAAUUCCGAAAAGACUGCCACCCAUAAAACAACAGAUAAGAAUUCUAAAUUGGAUAACUCCAAAAAAAAUUAUAAGCCACAGGUUGCUCGUGAUCAUAACUUUGGUACAUCCAUUGGAUCAAAGGAAGAUUCAAAGAUCGAAAAUGAGUAUUCUAUAUUGUAA